AUGCUAUCGCGAGGUAGGGGGCCCUGGGCGCCUAUGCUUGCACGUGCGCUGGCUUUUGGUCCCGGCUGGACCGUGGCCCUUCAACUCAAUACCCGCCAAAUCCGGGCGACUCCACAGAGUGACGUCAACCACGCCUUACCCUUCCAGAAUAUUUUUCUUCUUUCUGGACCGAACAACUUCGGCUUGACUGGGGAAGCAGCAGUGAAAGCCCUACUCCAAAUCUACCAAGUCCUUUACUGCGCAAGCAACGUAGAGGGCGACCUGGUGGACUUUGCCGCCAAAGAAAGUGUAAUUGCUGUCAACUAUACUAGGUUUUUACAGCGGAGGAUGAAGGAAGAGUUGGCUAACAGCCUGAGAAGAGUUUCUACUGCUCGCUGCCGCCAUCUACGUCUGCAACUACAACCGCAACCCGCAGCAGCCAGUGUCAACAGAAUGGCGGACGGAUCCGCGCAACCGAAGCCUAGCAGCAGCGUCAAGCUGGUACUACUAGGAGAGGCAGCUGUCGGAAAGUCCUCCCUUGUUAUGCGCUUCGUCAACAAUGACUUUCAAGAGAACAAGGAACCCACUAUCGGAGCCGCCUUCCUCACGCAGAAAUGCAACCUCCCAACAAGGACUAUCAAGUUUGAGAUCUGGGACACGGCAGGCCAGGAACGCUUCGCCUCCCUCGCGCCCAUGUACUACCGUAACGCCCAAGCCGCACUCGUCGUCUACGAUAUCACAAAGCCAUCAUCGCUCACAAAAGCCCAACAUUGGGUAGCCGAGCUACACCGCCAAGCAUCGCCAGGCAUCGUCAUCGCGCUUGUAGGAAACAAAUCCGAUUUAGCUACAGCAGCUGGUGAGGAGAGCUCAGAGGACGCCGAUGCGGCACCGGCAGCAGAAGGCGAGGAAGAGGCAGCAGAGGAUGGCGCAGACGCAAGGAGAGUGCCCGCCAAGACGGCAAAGACGUAUGCCGAUGAGGAGAGUCUGCUCUUCUUCGAGACGAGCGCAAAGACAGGCCAAAAUGUUGCCGAGGUAUUCACAGCCAUUGCAAACGCGAUUCCAGAGACCAGCCUCAAGGGACCCCGUGGGGUUGGUGGACAAACAAACCUAGGCCGGCAAGAGGAUGCGCGUGUAAACCUGGGCAGUGCUCGGACAGAGGGCGCAAGCGAGGGCUGCGCAUGCUAA